AUGGUGAUAAACUCCAUGAUAGUAGCACUUGAGGCUUGUUCAAAGAGUUGUUCUAAGACAUUGAUUUAUCAUAUUGGUUCUUCACUGAGAAAUCCAUUCAGAAUUUCUGAUCUUGAGGACUUGGCCCAUCAAUACUUUACAAAACAUCCUUUGACAGACAUGAAUGGAAAACCAGUGGCUGUUCCCGAGAAAGUUACGUGGAUGUCUGGUGUGAGUUCAUUUCACAGAUACGUCAACAUUCGAUACAUGCUAGCUCUCAAGGGAGUAAAGGUGAUGAACAAAGUGUGCUGCUACGGUCACGAGGCUUUUUACAAUGAAAGUAAAGAGAAAGUGAAAAAGAUGAUGGGAAUACUGAGACUUUAUAAACCUUAUCUCCUCUUUGAGGGAAUCUUCGAUGACAAGAACGCAGAAAAUUUAAGGAUGAGAAAAAUGAAGGGAAAAGAUGACGAUGAUGUUGGAAGAUUUAACUUUGAUCCCACAACUAUUGAUUGGACUCAUUAUAUGUUAAACGCUCACAUUCCUGGACUUGUGAGGUAUGGUGUGAAGUAA